GCACUGCAGGACAGUGAGACGGUGAAGCGGAUUCUGGGUCUGGUUCUGGCCUUUGGGAACUAUAUGAAUGGAGGGAAUCGAACCAGGGGCCAAGCUGACGGAUUCUCACUCGAUAUACUGCCCAAGCUAAAGGAUGUGAAGAGCAGUGACGGCUUGAGGAGUCUGCUCUCCUACAUCGUGUCUUAUUACCUCCGACACUUUGACCAGGAUGCUGGUAGAGAGACAUGUGUGUUUCCUAUCCCGGAGCCUCAUGAUCUGUUUCAGGCAUCUCAGAUGAAGUUUGAAGAUUUCCAAAAAGAUGUGAUCAGACUGAGGAAGGACCUGAGAGCGUGUACAUCCGAGGUAGAGAAGGUGUGUAAGGUGUCAGAAGAGGAGAAUCUGCAGCCUUUUAAAGAUAAGAUGGAUGACUUCCUCGCACAAGCUAAAAGUGAGCUGGAGGCUCUGGAGGCUCAGCUCAGCAGCACUCACUCUCUAUUCCUCGAGCUCUCAGUUUCCUUCUCUGUGAAACCGAAGGCCGGAGAGAAAGAAGUUUCUCCGAACACGGUGUUCAGCGUCUGGCACGAAUUCUCCUCCGACUUCAAAGAUCAGUGGAAGAAAGAAAACAAAGUGAUUCUCAAAGAGAGGUUAAAAUCAGCGGAAGAAUCUUUCCGGCAGGCAAAGGAGAAAUCUUCGUACAGCGUGAAACCAAAACACGCCUCAGGCAUCAAAGCAAAACUGGGCAUGAAGAUCUGACCCACUGGAGAACCUUUGGACAACAGCAGAGAGGAGGAGAGGAGAGGAGAGGAGAGGAGAGGAGAGGAGAGAGGAGAGAGGAGAGGAAAGGAGGAUGUAAAGGAUGAAGAAGAAGUUACACAAGUUGAUGUUCCUGUGACAUCACUCAUCAUCUGUGUGUGUGUGUGUGUGUGUGUGUGUGUGUGUGUGUGUGUGUGUGUGUGUGUGUGUGUGUUUGAACAGGAAGUGAACUGUUUCUGUGCAAUAAAAGUCUUCAUGCAAACAUGUAAAUGAUGGUGUGUUUUGGAGCUGUAAUUAUGUAAAAUAAAGACAUGAUUCUGAACUAUUA